GCAUGCGUUUUCAGCGUUUAUCUACACAAGAUGGCGGGAAGUGCUAGAAGUGCGUGGCAAGAUAUCUCUCGUUUUAUGUAGUUCUCCUCUAUAUACAACAUUUUUAGCCAACUUUUAUGUAGCCCAGAAACGUAAGAUAAUAUUUAAUAGUCGAGUGUGACUCAACAAGCAAGAUGUCUGACCACGAAGAACUAGAAGGGUGCCCUACUGAAGAAGAAGAAGAAGAGCACUCGGGGUCAGCAUCUCCGGUCUCCGUAGAGUCGGUCAACGAAGAAUAUUUAUGCACCCUCUGCGAAGAGAAGUUUAACCAGCCCAGACUGCUGUCAUGUCUGCACACGUUCUGUUUGCCGUGCCUGGAGAAACUGACCAAGGAUCCGGAGACCGACGCGCCCUUGGAGGCCAUCACUUGCCCAUUGUGCAAACAGGAGACCAAAAUCCCAGCCAAGGGUUGCGAGGAACUGAGCCAGGACCUGGUGAUGGUCAACCUACUGGACAUGUCGGCCAUUGAGAACAUGCAAAUCGUCUGCACCAGUUGCAAGGCCAAGGAGAAGGCAGUUGCUCGUUGCAGCGAUUGUGCCAAUUUUCUCUGUCCAAACUGUGUCACUGCCCACCAGUACAUGAGAUGUUUUGAGAAUCACAAGGUGGUUUCAUUUGAAGAUAUUCAAAGUGGUGAAGAGGGGCCUGUGAUUCAUAAGCCAUUGUUCUGUGAAAUACAUCCAGUGGAAGGAAUGAAGUACUUCUGUAAUACUUGCCAGACUCCCAUCUGUAAUGAAUGCAUGGUGACCAAUCAACACCAGGGACAUCAGAUUGACAGAAUCGGGAACGGUGAUGAGAAACAUUCUGAAGAAUUGAAAAAUCUGAUGUCAGAAUGCAAAGGAAAGGUUUCAUUCUGUGAGGAGGCUUCUGCCAGUUUGGAAAACCACUUGUCUGAUCUUCAGAAUGCCAGGGACAAUGCGAGAGACCUGGUGAAGGAGACAUUCCAGAGUUACAAGGCCAUUCUAGAGAAGAGACAGGAGAGUUUGUUGGAAGAAGUGGAAAAGUUGCACAAGUCUCAAGAGCUGAAAGUCAUGGAUGUGUUUCACAAUGUAGAGAAGACCAUUGAGAAGAUUGAUGAUGGCUGCAAGUUCACAGAGAGAGUCCUGAAAUAUGGCAACACAAUUGAGAUCCUGUGUAUGAAGAGACAGAUUACAUCUCAGUUGCUGUCUUUGAUCAACAACACUCCCAACCCUGACAUCAGCGUGAAGAUUGAAUUUGAGACUGAUGCAGAGAAAUUUGAGCAAGCUGUGAAGGAACACUUUGGGCAUUUGAAGGAAGACCAGCCUGCACCAGCUGCGACUCAGCAUCAGCAGUCUCCUACAUCUCACCAGUCUUCAUUUGAGAACGAAGGCUUCAUGUUGCCACCAGGUGUCCUCAGCCCAGAGAAUCCUGGGAUACCCCCAGUGACUCCACAUUCAGAGUACAGCACGUCAUCCUUUGGACUGUCCAGUGUUUCCUUGGCUGCGUCCAUCUCCAGCAUGAGUUCAAUGCAAUCCAUGCCUAGCACAUCACUGUCGGAGCGCAGCAUUUCUCGCAACUCCCAGAGCCCAGCCAUGUCUGACAGCGGAGUGUCUGUGGACACUGGCAGCAGCGGCAGUGGAAGCAACACUCCACUCAUAAAUCUUGCCGCACUGGCCAAGUUGGGCACUGUUAGUGUCAAUAACUUAGGUCAAAUUACCCUGAAUGGUCAAGUGGUUCCUGGCCUCAACGUGAACAACGUGACUGGACUUCCUGGUCACUCAGCUGUGGGACUGGCCGCCAGGGGGACUUCACAGAUUGGACAAGGAGACACUGGUUCUGGUGUUGGCCAUUUUGAACAGCAAACGAGUGGCCAGGGGUCCCGUUCUAAUUCCCCACAUAUAGACAACCUCGCGAACAUUCUGAGUCAGCUUACACCGCAGCCCAACAGUUUUGACCCGGCCCUUCUUGGCAGUGCAACCUCUGGUGGGGGUAACUCAAAUCUCUUCUUGUCUGGUUUAGGCCUGCCACCCCCUCUCCCCGGGGGGAUGAUGCACCCACCUCCAUCCACCCCAACUGGACUGCCAUCGUCCAAUUCGUCGGGGUCGCGUUCCACCACCCCAAGUCUUGAGAACUUGGCUGGGUUGCUCUCACCUUCGCCCCAGUUGAACGGACUUGGGGCUUUUGGAAACCCCCUCGGCCCAAACUCUGGCCUAGGAAAUGUGAUGGCCCAGCCACCAGGAAUACCUAUCACUGGUAAUGGGGGCGGUGCAGGAUCUGGCGCUGUAAACCCACACCCACCUUUUCCUGUCAGAGCUUCGGGGAAGAUGUCUGCUAUGCAAAUAAGGUGCAAGUUUGGUCAGCUUGGGCCAGGCAAAGGGCAGUUCAAUUCUCCUCACGGAUUCUGUCUUGGAGCAGACGAAGACAUUGUUGUGGCUGACACAAACAAUCAUCGCAUACAAGUAUUUGAGAAAACUGGCGAAUUCAAAUACCAGUUUGGCAUACCAGGGCGUGAAGAAGGUCAGUUGUGGUACCCCCGCAAGGUCGCUGUCAUGCGCAGCACUGGAAAGUAUGUGGUUUGCGACCGAGGCAACGAGCGUUCGCGCAUGCAAAUAUUCACCAAGAGUGGGCACUUCAUCAAGAAGAUUGCCAUUCGAUACAUUGACAUUGUUGCGGGAUUGGCAAUAACCCAACAAGGCUACAUAGUUGCUGUGGACAGUGUGUCUCCCACUGUGUUUGUGAUUUCUGAGGGCGGCGAUUUGGUGAAAUGGUUUGAUUGCAGUGACUACAUGAGAGAGCCCUCGGACAUUGCCAUCAGCGGCAAGGAGUAUUUUGUUUGUGACUUCAAGGGUCAUUGUGUGGUGGUGUUUAAUGAAGACGGCCAGUUCAUGCGUCGUAUCGGUUGUGAGAACAUCACCAACUACCCCAACGGAAUUGACAUCAGUGAUGCCGGCGAUGUCUUGGUGGGAGAUAGCCAUGGCAACCGUUUCCAUGUGGCAGUGUUCCAGCGCGAUGGCUCUCUUAUUGGCGAAUUUGAGUGCCCCUAUGUCAAGGUCAGCCGCUGCUGUGGAUUGAAGAUCACCUCCGAAGGAUAUGUGGUAACCCUGGCCAAGAACAACCACCAUGUUUUGGUUCUGAAUACCCUGUACAUUACUUAAAGCAAGGAUUUUACUGUGUUUUUUAUUCAGUUUGUUGAUUAUUUGAUUUUUCGGGAUGGGGCACUUUUUGUAUAGGUUUACAUUUUGCUUCCAGGCUUGUGGAAAGUUUUUGGAAGUUGAUAAGCAUAAUCCACGGUGGCUGCAUGGUGUGCAGCUCCCUUUAGCAUUGUGAACUGUGAGCGAAUAAGGAAAAGCUGGUAAACUUGCAAAUGAUUAGUCCUUGGUAUAUGAUAUAGCUAAUUGGUAUCAAGGUUAGCAAAUGGAUAACAAAAUCCAAUUUAUGAGUAAUUUUUUUUUUUUUUUUUUUUUUUUUUU